AUGUUUAUGAGGAUUGUGUUUCGGUGCAUUAGUUUAAAGUUAGAGGAUCGCCCUACAAUGAAGAGGAUCAUAAAAAGGAUUGAGGAAGCACAAGAUAUACAAAAUCAACACGAAGUAGCAUUUACCCUAGCCACACAAAGCCAACAACGUGAAAACCUCGAAAGUUAUCGAAUUUCACUGAAGGAGAUCAACUCUGCCAUAGAAGACUUUAGUCAAGAAAUUCCUAUCGGAGAUGGUGGAUACGCUUAUGGCCCAAAACCCCUGAUAAGUCUGGUCCGACGCUACUAUAAGAAGGGACUCGAGAAAUUAAUUGAUCACAAUAUAAAAGAUCAAAUUGAUGACCGUUCUUUUUAUGCUUUUAAAGAACUUGCAUGGCGGUGUAUAAGCUUAACCUUAACGAAACGCCCUACAAUGGAAACAAUCAUCGAGGGAAUUGAGGAUGCAAUGGAACUUCAAGUAAGUACAUUUCUUUAA